GACACGCAUGCGCAAAGAAGUACCACCAUACACCACAUUCCCCGCUUCUCCUAGCAGUAGGCAAACAUCCAGGAGCGAGGCAAUUGAUUUAUGCGUUCUCCAUGAUCUUCUGAAUAAAAAUACGUUUAUUUCUCCUUCCGAUCUUUACGAGGAGCAACAAUCUGACCGUGGAGCUGCAUUAAAUCGCCGAUCGCGCUCAAUAGAUGCUCAUUUCCUCACUAUGGCAACAGAAGAUAAGAAACCAGAGACUGACACAAAACCUCCAGUUGUCCCAUCAGCAUCUGCCAGUCAAAGCAAGUCUGCACCGGCCAAGCCAAACUACAGCCUGAAAUUCACACUAGCGGGCCACACUAAAGCCGUCUCCUCCGUCAAAUUCAGUCCGAGCGGAGAAUGGCUCGCCAGCUCAUCUGCUGAUAAACUCAUCAAAAUCUGGGGCGCAUAUGACGGCAAGUUUGAGAAAACCAUAUCGGGACACAAACUUGGUAUCUCUGACGUGGCCUGGUCCUCUGACUCCAACCUGCUGGUGUCUGCAUCGGAUGACAAAACCCUGAAGAUCUGGGACGUCAGCUCGGGGAAAUGCUUAAAAACUCUAAAAGGUCACAGCAACUACGUCUUCUGCUGCAACUUCAACCCCCAGUCCAAUCUUAUCGUGUCAGGCUCGUUUGAUGAGAGUGUAAGGAUAUGGGAUGUGAAGACCGGAAAGUGUUUGAAAACAUUGCCGGCUCAUUCUGACCCCGUCUCAGCUGUUCAUUUCAACAGAGACGGCUCCCUGAUCGUGUCCAGUAGCUACGACGGCCUUUGCCGAAUCUGGGACACAGCAUCGGGGCAGUGUUUAAAGACACUCAUAGAUGAUGACAACCCUCCUGUGUCAUUUGUCAAGUUUUCCCCCAACGGGAAAUACAUCCUGGCGGCUACACUGGAUAACACGCUGAAGCUGUGGGACUACAGCAAAGGAAAGUGCUUGAAAACGUACACCGGCCACAAAAAUGAGAAGUACUGCAUAUUUGCCAAUUUCUCCGUCACCGGUGGAAAGUGGAUCGUGUCAGGCUCAGAGGACAACAUGGUUUAUAUCUGGAACCUGCAGACGAAGGAGAUUGUGCAGAAGCUCCAGGGACACACAGACGUCGUCAUAUCGACUGCCUGCCACCCGACAGAGAACAUCAUCGCAUCUGCAGCUUUAGAAAACGACAAAACCAUCAAGCUAUGGAGAAGCGACUGCUAAGCCCUUUUGGGCCAUUCAUAUUUCUUUUCUUAACUUUUUUUUUUCUCUCUUGUUUUGUUGUAAGAAAAGAGGACUUUUUUUUCUAACGAGAGCUCCUGCGGGAUGCAGAGGGCUUUCAUGUAAUGAAAUUCAACAAGGAGAACCAAAUGAGACACACGAGCCACACACAGUAUGAGCCGGAGAACCCCAGUUUUCUGCAGCGGACGCGUUCCCCCUCGUCACAGCUGAGAUAUUCCAUGUGUAUGUUUAACGUGCCAGGUUGUGUUGGAGACUCUGGUUCUACUUUACAAGUGUUGAUGCUCUGUUCUGGUCCUUCAGUAUUAUUGACACUGCAUUAACCCUCUGACAUCAUGGCUUCAUAUUGACUCCCACACGUGCAUUUUUGGUCUUGUACAAUAAAUGUAAUUCUUAUUUGGCCUUUCUACAA